UUGUAAGAGGUGCUGUCGUGUAAAAAACCAUAUGAAUAAAUUAGUUUCAUGUUUACAAUCAAAAGGUAAAGUUGUACAUUUUUUGUUGUUACACAAGUCCGAAACGUUUUGAACGAUUUUCAGUGAAUUUAUUUCAUUUUUAAGUGUAAAUACUUGAUUCUUUAUUUGUUUACAUUCUUAAUUUCAAAAUGGAUAGUACAAAAACCGAUGACGAUCAUCACAUAAAAAUAACGGAUAUUAAUCAAUUUUGUCUGGAGCAUAUUUGCAUGUAUUUGGAUUUAAAAGAUCUUCUCAAUUUGGCCGAUGCAAAUAAACAUCUUAAACUGGUUACGGGUGCCCAUUUUGGUCGAAAGUGUGCUGGAAAAUCUAUUAUUAUUGAUCAACGUUUUUCGAAUGCAUUUCCAAACUUUAAAAGCGAUCAAACAUACAUUAUGGAAUGUGAUAAAAUAAGAAUUUAUAAUUUAAAAAUGAGUUUUCAAAUUUUACGCUGUUUUUGCCCAUCGAUUGUCGAUCUAGAGUUGGACUAUCGUUAUCGAGAAAUUGACAAACUACCAACAAGUUAUCGCUGUAUUAUUGACUAUAUGCAUAAGUUUUGUGUUGAGUCUGUGAAUCGACUGGUACUUCAUCCCGCAUCGUCGCUUAAAUACUUUACGAAAUGCUUUGAAAAUGUUGAAAAACUUGAAAUCGGUUCAUUGCUCGAGAAUCGAUUGAGUAGUGUAUUUCCGAAUUUGAAAUCAUUGGAAUUUGAAGAUUAUAGCUAUGUUCGUGCGGAAUUGGAUCAUUUUCCGCAUUUAUAUCAUUUAAAAAUUCCUCUAUUUAAUAGUAAACAUAACCAAAAAAUUGCUGCAGCUUCGAUUUUACGCGUAAAUCCACAGCUUAAAAGUUUGCAAAUUAAAACCGCCAAUUUUGACUUCUUUCAAGAAAAUAUUGAACAGUUGCAAAACAUUGAGAGUUUACACAUCGAUUUACAACCUUAUAAGAAUCCACAAUUCAAUGGCAAUCCAUUAUAUUUUCAAAAUAUUAAAAAAUUAGAAAUGGUUUUCAUCUAUUCGAUCUAUUCGGGUUCAAUAAAACCGAUAAUUCCAUUUUCAUUUGAUCAAUUAAAGGAAUUUGGCAUUGGUGGCAUAUCUGAAUUUAACGAUUCGAUUUAUGUGUUUCUUGUCACAAAUCCAUCGAUCGAAAAAUUGGUAUUGACACAAAAAAAUUUGAUUCAUAAAAUAGACAUUGUGAAAUUACAGAAUGCUUUGCCGUUCUUAGCGGAAAUUGUUCUACCGUUUUCGGAAUUCACAAUUCAUGAUGCACUGUCGUUAUUAGCAACGUUUGCAUCGUUGAAACAAUUAAGUUUCAUUUGCACGGAUUCAGAGGUGGAAGUUAGAAGCGUUUGUGGUGAUAAAUGGCAAAUUGAAAAAACAUUGAAUCCAUUGAAAGAAACAAUGUUCACAUUGAAACAAAUUUAAGCAAAUAAUUAAUUUUGCUUUAUAACUCAGUCGAUAAUAAGUAUUGUUAUCAACCUAUAAGAUGUACGUAAUCAGGUGAUUGAAUCGUUUUAAAUAGUUUGACACUGACUGAAAUUAUUCUGCCAUUAAUUUUUUUUUUUUUUUCAAUUUUUUCAUUUUUUACGAGCGAAUUGUAUAUUUUAGUAUUAAAAUAAUAGUAGUGAAUUUUUGCCCAAUUUUUAGUUUGGGAUUUAGUUAAGGUCAAUUGUACAACCAGAAAACUGAAGUGCAAAAAAAUAUACUCUUUACUUUUUUAAAUAAAAAAUCUGAAAAAAUACUGUUUGAAGUGAAAUUUCGCUUGAAAUUAUUUCAGGUAGCACUAAAUAUGAAAACUUACAUCCAAAUUGUAUUCGUACUUGGCAAUUUGUUAAAAU